AUGGGGUUCGUACAAUCUAAAUCCGAUCCCUCUCUAUUCACCAAAGGAUGUGAUGGUAAAUUUAUAGUCGUUCUUGUUUACGUUGACGACAUUCUGGUUGCUAGUCCGGAUAUAAACCUAAUCCGGGAGCUCAAACACUAUCUUGAUGAUGCUUUUAAAAUCAAAGACCUAGGUGAACUAGGUUACUUUCUAGGGAUUGAGGCAAGAAGAGAUGAAACUGGUUUGAAUUUAUGCCAGAUGAAAUAUGCUCUGGACAUCUUGGCUGAGGCAGGUUUCCUUGAGUGCAAGCCGGCUUCUACUCCAAUGGUACCCGGUCAACUCUUAAGCCCUAAGGAUGGCGAGUUACUCUCUGACUUUUGCUCUUUUAGAAGACUUGUUGGGCAAUUGUUAUAUCUGACAUCAACGAGGCCAGACAUCGCUUAUGCCGGAAAAUCAGCCAAUUUGUCGACGCUUCCAUCGACAAGAAUAUGA